UCCAGUUCACACCGUGUCAGGAAACUUUUGAAAGGGGCAAAAUGAAUGGCACAACGGAAGGGAACUACGACUGCUUCCUCCAGGAUGGCUCCUUCAUGUUUACCUCUGAGUCUGUGGGAGAGGGACAUCCUGAUAAGAUUUGCGACCAGAUCAGUGAUGCUGUGCUGGACGCUCACCUGAGGCAAGACCCGGAUGCUAAGGUAGCCUGUGAGACCGUGUGUAAGACCGGCAUGGUGCUGCUUUGUGGUGAGAUCACGUCUCGGGCCAACGUGGACUACCAGCGGGUGGUGAGAGAAACCAUCCGACACAUUGGUUAUGACAGCUCAGAGAAAGGGUUUGAUUAUAAGACCUGUAAUGUGCUGGUGGCCCUGGAGCAGCAGUCCAAUGACAUCGCACAGGGAGUUCAUAUCGACCGUGUGGAGAGAGACAUUGGAGCUGGAGACCAGGGUCUGAUGUUUGGAUAUGCCACAGAUGAGACAGAAGAGUGUAUGCCCCUCACCAUAAUGCUCGCUCACAAACUCAAUGCAAAGAUGGCCGAACUGAGACGAAAUGGGACGGUCCCCUGGCUCCGCCCGGACUCCAAGACACAGGUGACAGUUCAUUACGCCCAGGAGAACGGCGCUGUGAUCCCAAAGAGGGUUCACACUGUGGUGAUCUCAGUGCAGCAUGACGACUACGUGAGCCUGGAGGAGCAGAAGAAGGUGCUGAAGGAGAAGGUCAUCAAGGCUGUGGUUCCAUCAAGGUACCUGGACGAGGACACCGUCUACCACCUGCAGCCCAGCGGACGCUUUGUGAUUGGUGGACCACAGGGUGAUGCUGGAGUGACGGGCAGGAAGAUCAUCGUUGACACGUAUGGUGGUUGGGGGGCUCACGGGGGCGGGGCCUUCUCCGGGAAGGACUACACCAAGGUGGACCGCUCGGCUGCCUACGCCGCCCGCUGGGUGGCAAAGUCUCUUGUGAAGGCCAAUCUGUGCAGGAGGGUGCUGGUGCAGGUGGCGUAUGCGAUCGGAGUGGCUCAUCCACUCUCCAUCUCCCUGUUUACAUACGGCUCUUCUUCCAAAACCGAGAUGGAGCUGCUUCAGAUCGUCAAUAAGAACUUUGAUCUCCGACCCGGCGUCAUUGUCAGAGACCUGGACCUGAAGAGACCAAUCUACCAGAAGACGGCCUGCUACGGACACUUUGGCAGAAAGGACUUUCCCUGGGAGAUCCCGAAAAACCUCAACUUCUAGAGUUUCUAGAGUUUCUAUGUACCAGUGUGUGUAUAUAUGUGUGUGCGAGAGCGAACGAGCAGAGUGUCAGUGAUAUAUCGACAGCUGCCCUCAUGCUCCUGUAACCCAAUAAGAGAAAGGCAGCUGCCAGUGAACAGGAGAGGGGACGGAGGGGCGG